AUGGGAAAAAUCAUUGUAGAAAAUCUAACUUCACCUAGUCAUCCAACUUUAAAAUAUGAUGAAAUUGAGAAGAAAAAUAUCAAUUUUUCAUCUGUUAAAAUAGAAGUUGAAGAAGAAGAACAAAAAGAAAUGGAUUUGAGUUUCUAUGAUGGGUCACCAGAUUGGAUCGGAUCUACUCCAACAAUGAUCACUGGUGCUGAUUCAGAUUCAAUUGACUAUAAUGUUUCUUCAGAUAGUAGUGGGUAUUCGUAUUCUGAUGGGGACGAAUGGUCUCCUUUAAAAGGUGAACCUAGUUCUUUAAUUGGGCCGAUUUGCUCAACUGAUCCCGAAAAUUUCAAAAAGAUAGCUGAGAAAGAAACUAAGCCUAUUGAGUAUAAGACUUUUAAAAUAACGGGCAUUGGCAUGUGUAACUUAGGCAACACAUGCUUUGUAAAUGCGGUUGUACAAUCUUUUAUACACAACGUUGUAUUUCUUCAGCUCCUUAGAUCAAUUGAUCAUGCAUCUCCAUGUCAAACUUAUUAUGACGGAUUUUGUGUACUGUGCAUCAUCCGUGAGCUUAUAGACUUUUCGAUAUUUUAUGGGAGGUUUUCUUUCAAGCCGACGAAACUUGUCAGCAAAUUGAAAAAUUUUUCUUCUUACUUCAAUUUCAACCAACAACAAGAUGCACAUGAGUUCUUACAAUGCUUUCUCAAUCAACAUGAAACCUGUUGUUACUAUUUGGAGACAAAAGACAACGUUGUGAAGGAGGCCUUUGGUGGCCGUUUUGUGAGCAAGCUCCGUUGUUGCAAUUGUGGCCAUUCAUCCAUCACACGCGAGCCUCUAAUCGACAUAAGCUUGGAAAUUGAGGGCAUUGACAGUGUACCAGCAGCAUUUGAAUCCUUCACUAAAAUUGAGAAAAUUGAGUUUUAUUGUAAAAGAUGCAAGACAGAUGGGCCAUUUGAGAAGCAACUCCUCGUCGAUCAGGCCCCUACUGUUGCUGCCCUACAUUUGAAGAGAUUCAAAAAUAAUGGUUUAGUUGCUCAGAAGGUGGAAAAUCAUGUUUCAUUUCCUCUUGAAUUAGACAUUCUUCUUUAUACAAACAACAUCAAUAAUGAUGAAAUAAAAUACGAUCUCUACGCAGUUAUAGUGCAUUCUGGACCUUCAAUCUCUUCGGGACAUUAUUACAUCUUCAUUCGUUGUGCUCCAAAUGAAUGGUACAAAUUUAACGAUGAGAAGGUUGAUUAUGUUCAAGAAGAUCUUGUUUUGGCAGAAAAUGCAUAUAUUUUGCUAUAUACAAAGAAAGGCACUCUGUGGUUUGCAGAUUAUGUUGAAAUCCACAGGCCCUUCGUAGAUCUGGUAAUGGCCACAACAUCCAAUGAUUUUUCAUAUGAGACAUCGCUGAAGCCUGCACUCAACAAGAUUGAGGAUAAUGGUUCACAUGUUCAGGUUUAUUGUGAAGAUCAAUUUCAGAACGUGGAAACAAAGAAGGAUAAUGAUUUGAUGGAUGCGUUGAAGCGCAACUAA